GGCUAGCUCGACAGAGGCGACCUCAGACAAAAACGAGGAUGAUGCUGCUUCGAGAGCCCGCCAACGACAAGAAAGAUUCAAGGCCCUCAAGGCUCGCGCAGUAAGUGCUUUGUAACCGGUAAUCAUAAAUGACUACGCUUGUGCUGACGUCGAAAAAGAAAACCGCCACCGAGCGCAACUUGAAAGAAACCGCCGCCGAGACGCAACGUCUCGCAACCGACCCGUCGCUACUUUCCUCGCUAUCCCGCAAACAUGCUUUCGCAUCACACAAUCUCCUCAAGGCGGACACGGAAGCCGCUGGCGAGGACUUUGAACGUAAACGUGCUUGGGACUGGACCGUGGACGAGUCGGAGAAAUGGGACAAGCGAAUGGAAAAGAAGCAGCGUCAUCGCGACAAUGUUGCUUUCCAGGACUAUACUCAGGACGCCCGUAAAGUCUACAAGAGGCAGCUGCGAGAAGUGCAGCCUGACCUCGAAAGCUAUGAGAAGGAAAAGAUGGCGGCGAUCGAAAAGGCUGCCGCCAAUGGCGACCUCGAGAUCGUUGAGACCAACGACGGUGAAAUGAUUGCUGUCGACAAAAACGGCUCAUUCUAUUCCACUGCUGACAGUGUCGGGUUCACGGAGAACAAGCCUGAUCGAGCUGCUGUUGACAAGUUGGUGGAUAACCUUAGAAAAGCCGAGGAGGUCCGGCUCAAGAAGCGGAGAGAUCGCCGCGGAGAUGAUGACGGCGACGUCACGUACAUUAAUGAGAAGAAUAAGCAGUUCAACCAGAAGCUGGGGCGCUUUUAUAACAAGUAUACUACGGAGAUCCGCGACAGUUUCGAGCGUGGUACCAUGAUUUGAUCCACCUUCAAUGUUCCGAAUCUACAAUGACAAAUUCAAACACGGUCGCAAAAGUCCUACGCAGCAGUGACUUGGUAACAGUGCGUCGAGUCCCGCAUCUGCACAUUGGGACGCCGUUCCAGACAGUACGCAAAUGGCAACGAAUUUCCUGCAAGGACUGCUACCCUACUGGACGAAGCAGGCAUUCGAUAUAGCACGAGAUGCAACUAUUCCAGUGACGUCAUUAUCCCGACCGAUUCCAUGCGUUGCUUGUCGCCCUACGAUACCAUUGGGCUCUUGGAGCUUGAUUAGGGGUGUUUUG